UCAAUUCCCUUAUUAAUUAUGAUGUUGUGUAUUUUCUCAACGACCUGCGUCAUGGCUAAUCUUAUUCUUUCCUCCUCCUUGCUGUGGAUUUUAACCGUCGACGCCGUUGUGGCGAGCGGUUGCAUGGAGGUAGAGAGGAACGCACUCCUCACGUUUAAGUCCGGCUUGGUCGAUCCUCAGAAUUUCUUGUCUUCGUGGGAAGGCGAAGAUUGCUGUAAAUGGAGGGGAGUCGCCUGUAGCAAUGCCACGGGCCAUGUUGUGAAACUCAACCUCCGAAACAGAAACUCGUGUUAUAUAUUCAUCGAGGAAUGCCCAUGUUUGAGCGGUGAGAUCAAUCCAUCUUUGCUUCUUUUAACCAAUUUAGAGCACUUAGAUGUCAGCAUGAACAAUUUCAGUGGAACCAGCAUCCCAACAUUCUUGGGUUCACUCAAAAACUUGAGAUAUCUCAACCUCGCUAAUUCGUAUUCCAGUGGAACAAUACCUCCUCAAAUCGGAAAUCUCUCGAAACUUCACUACCUUGAUUUAAAUUCUGAAUUCAUUUAUCCGAGGAAUCUUCGAAUAGAUGACAUAUUGUGGCUCACUCGUUUAUCUUCCUUGAAAUAUCUUGAUUUGAGCAUUGUGAAUAUGAAUACUUCUACAGGUUGGUUGCAUGCUGUAAAUAUGCUUCCUUCGUUGAAAGUGUUACAUUUGGCUGACUGUUCACUUCCUGGCAUUUCUACAUCUCUGUCACAUUUCAAUCUUACAACUCUCAAUGUGCUUGAUCUUGGAGGUAACUCCAUAAACUCCACCUUACCUCCAUGGCUGCGGAAUCUUACAAGCAUCACUUAUCUUGACUUAAGCUCCAAUGAGUUUCAUGGUGUUAUUUCUGAUGAGUUUCUACGUUUGAGCACUCUUAAUAAUCUUUUCCUAGGAUAUAAUGGUUUUAAAGGUAUGAAUCCGAAAGCAUUAAGAUAUUUAUGCAACUUGCGUUCACUAGAUUUGUCAAGUUUCAAUAUUGGUGGGGAAAUCAUGGAAUGGGUUGAGAUGCUACCACGAUGUGUGCGCAACAAUUUACAGACUUUAUAUCUCAAUGACAAUAACCUCGGAGGGAAUUUAUCAGGAUGGCUCGAACAAAUGAAUAGCCUCACAGACAUAAAUCUCGGUUCAAACUUGCUCAGUGGUUCAAUUCCUGCAGGAGUUUGGAAACUUCCAAAUUUAAUUUAUCUAUAUCUAUAUAAUAAUUCAUUGGAGGGUGUCGUAUCUGAUGUCGAACUUUCUUAUCUAAGAAAAAUACAAUACUUAGACUUGUCAUUGAAUGCUCUCACUGUGCGAGUUCACGAUGAUUGGGUUCCUCCUUUCCAACUUAAAGAGAUUUUUCUAGCCUCCUGCCAACUGGGUCCCAAUUUUCCAGCAUGGCUCAAAAGUCAAUCGCAACUUGAAGGGCUGGAUUUGUCAAAAAGCAAAAUUGCAGAUACUCUUCCUAGCUGGUUUUGAAAUAUGUCUCAUUUUAUUUCUUAU